AAGGAAAUCGUCUGAAAUCGUGUCAAUACUCUUAGAAGCAGUUAUGUGAAACUCCCACAGAAAAAAAAGAUCUUUUGUUUAAACUCUAUACAGGUUAAAUCGAAUGCAUUAGGUGAUUAGCAACAACCUUUUUUUGGAAAAGACCACUUACUACAUAUAUAUUUCCCUAAUGAAGGCAUUGAGUGAACAGGACGAUCCGUGAAUAACUCCACCGGAAAGAGMUGAUUGUUUAAUAAAACCUUGAGAGCAGUGGUUCUGAUUAUUUGAUGUUUACGAUGUCUUUGAGGAGCAACGAAGCUUUGAAGUUCGUUGAGAAUCAUUCCCAAGAAUUCCGCACUGCCUUUCUAAUAACUUCUUUGCUUAAUGCCUUCUUUGGUUUCAUUGCAAUCGUCGCAAAUGGGUUCAUCGUCAUUGCGAUGGCGAAAUACAUUGACUUGAAAAAACCAUGUAAUGCUUUGCUGUUCUGCCUCGCUAUUUCCGAUCUCGGAGUCGGCUUGAUAGGCCAGCCGCUUUACGUCAUGUGGAARGUAGACUGGUUAGUGAAUGGCGCAAAGUCAUCAUACGAACAAUAUUCCAAUGCCUGCCGCAUCAUUUCUGUGUUUUUUGCCGGGGUUUCUUUCAUAACGAUGACCGAGGUUAGCUUGGAGCGUUGUUUCUGUCUUCAUUACCAUCUGCGCUACGAGUCGUUUGUGACCAAGCGUAAGGUCCUGUCAGCAUGCUUCUUUCCCUGGAUACUUAUCAGUGGGAUAACAAUUUUGGACGUAAUCUUUGGUAAAGUUCUCUUCUAUGCCAGUGUUUGUGCUAUGCCUUCGUGCAUUAUUAUCAAUGUCGUCUGCUAUAUCAACUUAUUUUUCAUUCGUCGUCGACACCACAGCCAAAUUACCGCACUCUUUGAAGCAGGGAAUGCCUCUCGCGAACCCUCGGUAAAAAUAGCCAACCAAAGCUCUGGAAUAGACUUGYCAAAGUUCCGCAAAUCUGCGACGAAUAUGUUUCUGUUGUUCCUGUUUUUGAUUCUGUGUUACUCUCCCUAUUUCUUGGUUCAAGCUUGCUUUGACGGCACCAAACUAUCGGUCUCUCUCGGUAUUACUCGUAACUUAACAAUGACUUUAGUAUACAUGAAUUCUUCUGUCAACCCUGUGUUGUAUUGCUACAGAAUAUCYGCUAUUCGUAACGCAGUGAAACGCAUGUUUUCCUCAAAUGCCGUUUCUGUAAUGGCCGAAGAAAGUGGUCACACUUGAAUCACUUGACUAAAGGACAUCACUAAAUGUUCAUAAUAUCUCCGUCUUUCAUUCAAACAUUUUUUUCCAUCAUUCGUAAUAUUUUCAUUUCUUAUCUUACUUAUAUUACUUUUUUUUGUAAAUACCAGUUUUGGAGAUAAAUUACUGUAAUGUAUGUGUUUGAACUGCACGAUAAAAUCGCUAUACAUCAAUAAA